CCUAGUCUUUGAUUUCUCUCUGUUCAUCUCCCUCUUCGCGAGCAUCUCAGAACUUGAUAGAGGGCUUUGGCUUCUUUAUCCAUCCAUGGCUAUCCUCUCUCCACCAUCUCCGAAAUCUUUCCUUCUCCUUGGUUCCUCCGCUCCUCGGUUUCCAAAAUCCCUCCAUCAAUUUCGCUCUAAUAUAACUUCUUCGAUUACUCCUGUUUCCUUCCCCAGAUUAGAAUUCAGACACGCUCCACUUACAGCUUCCGGUCGACCUCGUAUUGUUGCCGGAGCCUCCCCUGGUGCAGUCGAUGGUUUCGGAGAAGACAUCGGCCAGGCUGUCGGCGGUGUCGCCAUAUUCACGGCUUCCGGCGAGCGCGUGCUUUUCAGGGACCUCUGGGAUCAGAACAACGGAUUGGCUGCAGUAGUGCUUUUGAGGCACUUUGGGUGCAUGUGCUGUUGGGAACUCGCGUCUGCUUUGAAAGAGGUGAAGCCAAGAUUUGAGCAAGCUGGUGUUAAACUGAUUGCUGUCGGUGUUGGAACUCCUGAUAAGGCCCGUAUGCUCGCAACCCGGUUGCCCUUUCCAAUGGAAUGCCUCUACGCUGAUCCUGAACGCAAGGCGUACGAUGUUCUCGGUUUAUACUAUGGUUUCGGUCGCACCUUCUUCAACCCAGCUAGCGCCAAGGUAUUUUCAAGAUUUAACGAGUUGCGAGAAGCUACAAAGAAUUAUACAAUAGAAGCCACUCCUGAAGAUAGGAGCAGUGUGCUGCAACAGGGAGGCACGUUUGUGUUUAGAGGCAACAAGCUGAUGUAUGGCCGGAAAGACGAAGGAACAGGAGACCAUGCUUCUCUCGACCAUGUUCUUGAUCUCUGCUGCAAAGCCCCUGUUGCUUGAGUGAAUCUCGAGAACCAUUCGUCCAUAAAAACGUAUGUUUCUUGGAUAUUAAUACAUUGCCAAGAACAUAUAACAUACAUUAGUGUAUAAAUAAAUAGGGUUAUUGUAUUGAUAAUAGUUAGCGAUGGAAAGAGUCGAGUUGACUAGUCAACACUAAUAGCAGAUUCGAGAAAAAUAAAAUAAAAUAAAAAUACGUGAAAAUAAAUUGCUUGA